AUGAGAAGGCAUCGUUUCCCCUUGGCGCCAAAAUACUUUUUGCGAGACUUCUACGUGGAUGAUCUCAUCACAGGAGGCAACUCGACACAAGACGUCUUGGAGAUCAUGCGGCAGACCACUGGACUUCUCGAAAGGGGCAAUUUCAAGUUGAGAAAAUGGUGCUCAAACGAUCCUGCUUUGCUGCAGCAAAUCCCAGAGGCCGAAAGGGAUUCAUUCUUGAAGUUCGACGAUGGCAGCGACAUUACAAAAACGCUUGGACUUGCUUGGGAUUCGUCGUCGGACGUUUUGCUGUUCUCCACAUCGCCAAUGAAAAUUAUUGCCAAACCAACCAAGCGCUCAAAGAUCUGGAGAGAGAGACUCGACUGGGACGAAAGCUUGCCUGCAGCGCUUAAUUCAUCGUGGCUAAGUUUGUCGGCCAAUAUUUGUGAGACGCAAAAGCUCCAGUUUCCUCGACUAGCACUGAACCCAAACAACGUGAUCGAAGUCCACGGAUUCAGUGAUGCCAGUAUUGACGCAUACGGAGGCUGCAUUUACGUCGUGUCCAUGGAGGAUGACCGAAGGAUUGCCCAUCUCCUCUGCGCUAAAUCUCGUGUGGCGCCACUGAAGACUCUCACGGUCCCUAAGCUGGAGUUGUCUGCUGCCGUGCUGCUGGCUCAACUCAUUCAAGAAGUACAACAAAUGGGGCUAUUCUCGUGCUCCUACUACUGCUGGUCGGAUUCUGCAUCUAUUACAAUUGGAAUGGAAUGGCGCUACGUCCCUACGAGCUGCAAUCCAGCAGAUAUCCUGUCAAGAGGUGCUCUUCCCAGUGAACUGGUAGCUUCUAACCUAUGGGCUCAUGGACCUGACUAUCUUCAAAAGGAAAAAUCUCAAUGGCCAGAGUCCUGCCUUGCAGUGAAGACUCUUCCUGACCUUAAAAAGAUUGCUUUGGUUGGCAUCUCGGCAGCUGCUGAUGUAUCCUCGUACUGCAAAUUCUUCAACUCGUGGGAAAAAUUAAAGCAUGUCUUCGGCUACAUCUACAAGUUUCGCCAUCGUAUCAGGCAACCAGGUCUCACUUCGGAACAUGUUCGCUGUGGCACCCAAAUGCUCAUUCGCUCCAUUCAGAGGGUUCAUCUUAAUGACGAGUAUCAUUGCCUGCUUCGAGGACGGCCAAUAAAGGCCUCCAGCUCCAUCGCAUCGCUCUCGCCCAUUAUCGACGAACUUGGGCUUUUACGUGUUGGCGGUCGACUGAAAAACUCUGCUCUGGACUAUGAGGCACGCCAUCCACUGAUAUUACCUCGUCAGCAUCCUGUAACCCGCGCAAUAAUCCUGCAUUUUCAUCGGCGCAACCUACACUCUGGACCUCGCUCCCUGCUCGCUUCAAUCCGGCAGCAGUUUUGGCCAAUUGGUGGCCGCAAGACGGUUGCGAGUGCUGUGAGCAAAUGCAUAAUUUGUUUUCGGGCCAAGCCACAUGUUGCUGGCCACAUUAUGGCGGAUCUUCCGGAGGACCGCGUCAGCGCAUCUUACGCCUUCCAGGUGACUGGACUGGAUUUUUGUGGCCCUUUCUAUCACAAGUCGGAAGUUCGGAAUAAGGCACCCAUCAAGUGCUACGUCUGCAUUUUUAUCUGCUUUUCCACAAAGGCUGUUCACCUCGAGCUGGUCCAGGAUCUCUCCACUUCAGCGUUUCUUAGCGCAUUGAGGCGCUUUAUAUUGAUUCGUGGCAAGCCUGCCCGCAUAUGGUCGGACAAUGCGACUAAUUUUGUAGGCGCUAAGAACGAGUUGGCUGAUCUAAAGCGAUUGUUCCUGAAUGCCAGCCACCAAACCGCAAUAGAUGAAUUCUGCUUGACUGACAGUAUCGAAUGGCGAUUUAUUCCUCCUCGCUCACCCCACUUUGGAGGUCUAUGGGAGGCGGCUGUGAAGACUGCGAAGUACCACUUCUACCGAUCUGUUGGACCUGCGAUACUGCCCGCUGAUGACCUGCGCACUCUCGUUUGCCACAUCGCGGCAAUCAUUAAUUCUCGUCCUUUAGUCUCACUUUCAGAACACCCUGGCGAUCUUGAUGUGUUGACACCGGCGCACUUCUUGGGUACUGCUCCUCUGGCCUUGUUUCCUGAGCCUGACUACACUAAUUUGAACCUCAAUCGGUUGGAUCGCUGGCAGAAAAUUUCGUUUUACCAGCAACUGUUCUGGUCCCGCUGGAAACAGGAGUACCUGACGCUCCUUCAGCAGCGCUCCAAGUGGCGCACACAGAAGACGGAUGUUCAACUCGGUGAUGUCGUUCUGGUUAAGGACGAAAACCUGCCCUCCCUCAAGUGGCCACUAGCUCGAGUGGUCAACCUCGUCGCUGGAUCCGACAAUGUGGCUCGAGUCGCUGUGCUGAAGACCGCCACUGGCCUCAUCAAUCGCGCAGUUGCUAAGCUGUGUGUGCUGCCGAAGCAGGAUGAAGUUGAAAGCCCUUGUCUUCCAACGGGGGGAGAAUGUCUGGUUAUGCAGCCCGCACCUGAUGACCCAGCGGCUAAACAACAACAUUAA